AAUGUGAUGAUAAAUGAAAAUAGCAGGCCAAUACAAUAUACACUCUAUGAUCUUAACUAUCACGCUCUUCAGGUUCAGAGUCCAACAGCAUGUCUGUACUCCAGCAGCCUGUGUCUGAGUCAGUCAAGCCAGGAGACUCUGUGACUCUGAACUGUACAAUACACACUGAGACCUGUGCAGGAGAACACCGUGUCUAUUGGUUCAGACAUGGCGCAGGAGAAUCCCAUCCAGGAAUAAUUUACACCCAUGGAGACAGGAGUGAUCAGUGUGAGAAGAGCCCUGAGGCUGGGUCUCCUACACAGAGCUGUGUCUACAACCUCCCCAAGAGGAACCUCAGCCUCUCUGAUGCUGGGACUUACUACUGUGCUGUGGCCUCAUGUGGGGAGAUACUAUUUGGCAAUGGGACCAAGCUGAACAUUGAAAAUGGUUGUAAGGAGGACCAGGUUCUCUUGGUGUACUGUCUGGGUGUAACGUUGGCUCUUUGUGUCAUCAUCAUCAUUGUCCUUGGUUGUGUUAUGUAUAAGAUGACCAAGAAAACCUCUCCGCUGUGUAGAGGAACGCAUCCUCAGCCAAGUGGUCCGGGAGUUCCCAGUUCUCAUAACCAGAAUCAAGAAGACGAUGACACACUCACGACGGUCCAUUACGCUGCUCUGAAUAUCAUCCACAAGAAGCCAAAGACCCAGAGACAGAGGAGCACAGAGAGAGACACUCUGUACUCUGGGGUGAGAUGCCAAAACAUGGACUGAAACAUAGAUUUUUCCUCUGUAUAGACAUACAUUGCUUUUUCUGUGUUUCAGGCUUUAUAUAUUCAGUUGAAGUCGGAAGUUUACAUACA